AUGACCGCGGUGCCGUACUGGGCGAAAAUGAGCGUUCUCUUCGCUGAGAUGAUGCACUCAAUAUCGACCAAGCUGGAUCCAACUGACUUCUUCAGCGUCGUAAAACCGCCGUUCUUCACCAGGGACAAUCAACACGAUAGCUCGGAGUUUUUGGGAUAUUUGUUCGAGCUGUUGCAGUCCUACGAGCAUUGUUCUGAUCGUAAUUUUGACUACACUCGACCGGCCGUUUUGACCGGGGCCAGCCGCCUGCGCAUGAUACAUCCGCAUGUUCAGCCCAAUUCUCCACCACACGUAAGUGAUGAAAAUGCGGAAUCUAGUCAAACUCGUCGCUCUCUUUCGCCGAGACCUAGUAGCAGUGCUGCAGGUUCGAGUUCUAGUGGACAGAAACGCUUGUCUUCCGAUGCCGAUGUGAUGAUACCGCUUAAGAAACGUUUCCGUUUGAGCGAGGCGACAUUCCUCAGGCGUGACUCCUUCAUCGACAGCAUGUUCGGAGGCGUUCUUCUCACACGUGUCGAGUGUACAGUGUGCCACGCGUCGUCUCUCUCACGCGAUGUCUUUAGAGAUCUCCAGCUAGCGUUCCCCGAGAAACCGGAAGGCUGGCAACACAGCGUACAGAGUCUACUGGAGUAUUACUGUUCCAAGGAAAGUCUUUCAGGCGAUAACAAGUACGAAUGUCGUGACUGUGGAGGUCUACAGGAUGCCGAACGAAGCGUGCUUAUCGAGACUACGCCUAAAUAUCUUAUUCUGGUUUUAAAGAAUUUUAAGUUCGAUUCGAAGCUACAGGUGCAGACGAAAUUGAUGCAUACUGUUUAUCACAACCAUUCGGUGACCUUGCCGACGGUACGAUCGCAGGCAGUGCAUUCCGCGUACAAUUUGUUCGCUGCCGUGAUCCACGCAGGUACGACGCUAGACUCCGGUCACUACUACACUCUGGCUAAAGAUAACGAUCAGUGGCACAAGUACAACGACGACGAGGUCACAUUAGAAGAUGAGAAUCAUCUGAUUGGUCUAAACCGUUCGAGUACGCCGUAUAUUCUGUUCUACAGGCGUACGGAUAUAGAAGAAAGCACGGCACCUUCCCUUGAGGAAUUACCGCCUAAACUUCAGGAGCUCGUCAUGGCGCACAACAAGCAUUACGUCGACACCGUGCGGAAAAUACGCCUAACGCGCCCAUGACGGUUAAGAUCAGAUAAAUUCAUCGAUUUCUCGGUGCUGGAUUUAGAAUCUGAGUGAAAAUUAAAUACAUAAGUAAUUAUAGUAGAGAAACGUGGAAGAUCGACCUUCACCGAUCGGAUAACUUGAUGAGACAUAUUUUUUUUAUCAAAUAUAAUUUAAUUGAUUUUAA